UUUACGUCAGCCCUCUUGUUCUCGUACCCGAUUGGCUGUUUUACCGGAAGUAAACAUCAUGUGACGUCGCAAAUCAGCUGAUCCUCUGUAGACAUCUUUACGGAGUCACGACUACGGCGAUUAAUUCAUAGCUCCUCUCCUGUGAUUUUCGGGCCCCGCGGAUCUUUGACAGCACCGACCAUGGCGCUCAGCGAUGCCGACGUUCAGAAGCAGAUCAAACACAUGAUGGCCUUCAUCGAGCAGGAGGCCAAUGAGAAGGCAGAGGAAAUUGAUGCAAAGGCAGAAGAAGAGUUCAACAUCGAGAAGGGCCGCCUGGUCCAGACUCAGAGGCUGAAGAUAAUGGAGUACUACGAGAAGAAAGAGAAGCAGAUCGAGCAGCAGAAGAAAAUUCAAAUGUCUAACCUGAUGAACCAGGCUCGACUGAAGGUGCUGAAGGCCCGCGAUGAUAUGAUCACGGAAUUGCUGAAUGAGGCCCGCCAACGGCUUGCCAACGUCGCCAAAGACCCAGCCAGGUAUCCAGCUCUGAUGGACGGGCUGCUCUUACAGGGAUUCUAUCAGCUUCUGGAGCCCAAAGUGACUGUUCGCUGCCGUAAACAGGAUGUGCAGUUGGUACAGGCUUCCAUCCAGAGGAAUAUUCCCAAAUAUCAAGCAGCUGUGAAGAGCAACCUGGAGGUUCGCAUCGAUCAGGACAACUUCAUCCCCCCUGACGUUUCUGGAGGUGUUGAGAUCUAUAACGGUGACGGGAAGAUCAAGGUGUCCAACACCCUGGAGAGCAGACUGGAACUCAUGGCUCAGCAGAUGAUGCCUGAAAUCCGAGUGGCUCUCUUUGGUGCCAACCCAAACCGCAAGUUUAUGGACUGAGGAGCUUCAAUGUAUUAGAGAGAAAAAAAAACUCCUUUUAUUUUUUAUUUUGUCACAUGAAAAGUCAUUCCUCCGUCUGUGAAACGAAUUCCCGAUGCAGAAGAGAUGCAUUGUUGUUGUGUGAUGUAUUGCUGUAUUUUUUGUUUUGUUUCUUUCUGUGCGUUAAGGGACAUGAUAGACGCUGCAACUCAACAUUACAGAUGUGCGUCACGGUGCUGCACAGCUGUAAUGACAGGUUUACUCUGCUGCUUUCCCUUCCUGAGGGUCUCAGUUUACACCGAUUAGGCAGGGACGACGGCAUCGGCUGACUGGCUGGACGUUUAACAGGUUGUCCUCUAAUUGGAUCGGUUUCCAUGACAAACAGCAUCUGUGUCUCGGUUUUCCCAGUUUCAGUAACUUCUACCCCACGUCGUAAGUUGCACGAGGCGUCGUGUUGCUAAUGAGUGUCUGCUCCAAACAAUCGCAAAGAAGAGAAAAAAAAAGCCUCGUAGAAACAAAAGUGUAGGCCGAACAUGACCUCACAGGGUUAAUUUAUUGAGCGUGCGUCGCUCUGUCCUGAAUGAAACGAGUGUUGGGUUGUCGUUCCAGAACGUACUCUGUUUGUAUAUGAGGUUUCCAGAUUAACUUAUGUGUGUGUGUGUGGUUGUUGUUUUGAAUUUGUUUCUGGUUUUUUUUCUGAUUGUGUCUCAAACUGAAAAUGUUAUACUGUGUAAAAGUAAAACCUAAUAAAAUAUAAAUGGUUGGUAUCA